AUGAUAGGAUUUAAUAUGAUGGAUGAGAAUCGAACUUCCUCUGAAAACACUGCACCCCAAUUUCGACGGCACUCUAAAAGGCGAUUCACCGAAACCAACGCUGGCCAUUUUGAGGCAGAAGCCAUCAAAAAGACUUUGAAUUCUUUACCCAAACUUCCGGAUGGCCAAAGGCUUGGCAUUUAUAGCCUUUUCGCAGUCUACGCCAACACCAGUGAUAUUAAUCUGAAUAUUCCAAACACCCUAAUAAGGAUCGAUAACGAAUCGACGUAUUUGCUUACUCCCCCCCCCCCCCCCUCCGUGAGCGAACAAAAAAAUUUUGUUCACUCACGGAGGGGGGGUUAAUUUUUUUUUUUUAAAAAAAUUUUUUAUAUAUAAAUUUUAUAAAAAAAAUAUUUUUUUCGAAAUUUAAAAAAAUCCUAAUUUGCAAAAAUUGGGAAGCAAAUAUUAAUUUAAUUUGCAAAAUUUAUGUUUUAAAACGCAAUUUGUUUAAAAUUAAACAGAAUUAGCUCUAGAUUUCAUUAUACUAAUUAUCACUUAUAUAUCAAAAUUUUUUUCCAUUAAAAAUUUUUUCUAUUAAAAAAAUUUUUGUUCACUCACGGAGGGUGGGUUUUUGGUCAAAAAAUGGCGAUUUUUCUAAUGGUUUUGUUCGCUCACGGAGGGGGGGGGGGGGGGGAGUUAGAACUAACGACUCUGGAAAAAUUGUGUCUCGCUCUUGCAACGAUGACGAUUUCUUUCAUUUCUUACAGACGAAGAGAGCUUCAACUUUCUUCUACAAAACUCUUUACAAAGAAAGCAUGGUCUUUAAUUCCAAAAGCAGCGCAGAAGUCUUUUGAAAAUCAUCCAAGGACUGGCCAGCUCUUAUUCAGUCUUGCAUUCAAUGCAAAACGAAGCCCAAUUCAAUUACAAGAGCACUCUGAAGGGCUGGCAUGAAAACUAAAUACUACACAAUUAUUAAUCGCCAACAGCAGACUGAGCCGAAAACCCCAAGAAAAUGCACGAUGCCAAGCAUGUACCAUAGUAGAAAAAGUCAAGUAGAUUUUAAGUACACAAACAUGAUCCUCAAGACCUCCCGAUCGAUGAACAACCCUUACAAAGUCAACCUGACGUCUCGAAAGAGUCUUGAAAAGGUAAAGAUUGAAAAAGCUGGCACUUUGAAAAACAGGGAAAAGCCUGCGCCUGAUCCUCAAGAGCCGACUGAAAAGCCGAAUGAAUUGAUAGUGAACACAAGAGCCCCAGAAAGUCUUUUCGUGGUUGAAGAUCCUCUCAAGGAAAACGACCUCGAGCAACUGGUAAAUGAAUUAAUUGAUUUUUUGAAUAUCAAUAUUUAUCGAGACCAAAAGCUGAUUGGGAUUGUUCUUGAUUUUAUCCGCGAUCAAGAUGAAAAUUGGUUUCUAUUAGAUUGCAAGGAAAUUUCAGCGGUCAAUAAUUAUAUUGCCACAAAAGGCAAAAGAAAAGCACAGAUGAUUGGGCAGGAAUCGAGAACGAGGCUAAGUAUAGACACCACGAAGCUGAAAUUCAAAAAUCUUAAGACCGGGGUGGAUGAAGACAUUGAUGAAAAGCAGGCCUGCCCGUUUGUAAUCAGAUCUCCACCUCCACCGCCAUCUUCAGGCUUGAUCAAAAAAUCAACGCAAGAUUUAAUGGAGCAUUGAAAUAAAGUCAACCAAAAACUUGAGACAGUGCUCAAUAAGAAGCCUUCAAAUAAGUUUAGCAAUGCUAGCGUCCAAGAGCAGAGCAUUAAAGCUUAUCAAGCAAGAUUCAAUUUAAAAAAUGGGCUUUUAGAUGUCAGUGAGCAGUCAAGUUCUAAUGAUAUAUCACCUCCACAACUGUCUCCACCCACUUCGAACUCAUUGUGAUCUGAUGAUAACUUAAGUUAUGUAUUGUGAGGCUAUUAGCAGAUAGACCACUAGCCUGUCUAUUAGGAUUAAACCCACAUAACUUAAGGAUUAUUUCUCUAAGCCCAGAGCCAUCUCUUGUGAAUGCCCCGCUAGCCCUGAUAAGCAAAGACUAAGUGGCCACAAAACCUGUGUAAUCAGUCUGGCCAGGGAAAAACAUCGAGGAAGAAACAAAGACUCCCUCUUUCGCAGGCAUUCCCAAACUUGAAGACCUGCUUCAAAAGCGGCAGAGGCACUAUUUUCAGCUUCAUUGGAAGAGUUCUACCUGCUCCAUAGUGUGCAUCUCAGCGCCGACAUCACUAUUUUAUUUCAAUCUGAUGAUAAGGACGAACACAUCAAUAAAUGCCUGUAUAAUGUUUUACUCUCUCAAUUUAAAAUUAAAGUUUUCUUUUGCUUUUAAUGGAGUAUAAUUAAAAUAAAUUAUCUACAGUCUCUUUAGAAUAAACAGAGAAAAAUAAACUAUUUCAGUUAAGCUAAAGACUAAUGAAAAAAUUUUAUACUUUCAAAAGAAAGAAAUGAUAGAUUUCACUCUAUAAUAAAUAGAGAGAGCUAGAAAAAUUCGAAGAAAUGAAUAUGAACGCUGAGCUAUUGAAGGUGAGGCAGCAAAAUUUAAUUCGCAAAUAUGGAGGAGAAGAUUUUUGGACAAGAUUUAUUGACAGCUUAUAUAAGAAAAUCAUGUCUACUGACUGCCCGCUUAAAAAGUAUUUUUUGAGCUCAAGCCUGACAAUGAUAACAAAUGGGAUGCAUAAGGUCUUCAAUGGCUGCGCAAGCUUGCAAUUUAGAAGAAAAAUAAAAGCUGCACAUCAAAAUAUGGGAAUUCAAGAGAGUGAAUUUUUGACCUACUCUAGCCUCUUUGAAGAAACACUCAAUGAGUUCAAUAUUGAAGAAUGCGACAAAGAGAUGAUUGUUUCACAAAUAAGGAUGAUGAAAACAUUGGUAUGCCAGCAGCCAACAUAA